AUGCUCAGCUUGCUGUCUAAAGUGGGUCACUUCUUAUGGAGAAGUGCGGAUGCAGAUGAGAGCUCGGGAAGUAAUUCAGGUAUAUUAGAGUAUCAGAGUUUGAAUGGAGUGGUUACACGGUUUUGUAAUGAGUAUGGACUGAUAAAUGACAACGUUUACUUCACAAAUGAUGAUGUGGUUGGAGGAGAACCAUUAAGCAUUGGACAAAAAGUCAAUGUGGUUUUUAAAGAAGAUAGGACAUCUGGAGGCUUGAGAGCUCUCAUGGUAAAUUGCAUCUCUGAAAGAUGGGAUACAGACAGUCCAAUAGAUACCGUUGUUGAAGACGUAAAAAUAAAAGUUUUAAUUGGCAAUAUUACUUCCUGCAAUAAAGAUGGGGGAGAUAUUAACCAGACAACUUAUUUUUCUACCUGCAAUCUUUGUGAAGGCUAUGUUCCCUAUAAAGGAGACUGGGUAAAAGCAGAGUACUUUGUAAAUCCCUCAACUUGGAACAGUGAAGCUUGUUCUGUAAAGCCACUAAGAUGUAAAAGGGUAGACAAGGUUUUGGUUUCUGCCUUAUAUGGAAGAAAUGGUGUUCUUGAUGAGAGCAUAUUUUUCACACUGGACUCCAUUAAACUGCCUCAAGGAUACCAACCAAAGCGUCAGGACGUUGUUAACGCUGUAGUCAUAGAAAGCAGCCAAUCAUGCUAUGUUUGGCGUGCUCUGUGUAUGGCACCAGUGAAGAAAAAUGGUUCUGAGGCUCUGAAUGGGGUGUCUUCUAGCGAUGAAUACUCUACUGCUUUAAUAAUGAAUAAAGGUGGCUUGGAAGUGUCCAGACUAACUAAUUUUGGAGUAAUCAAACAAGGAGAGAGUAAAGAGUUAACUAUAAGCAUAGAGAAUAAAGGACAAGAAACUCAUUCUUUGAUUGCAUGUAAGCUGGCAGGUUGGGAAAAAGGAAAUAUAUUCAAGUUUAUAAUGAGAGAAUUAAAAUCAGACUCUCUUGAUAGUUCAUCACCAGCAUCUGUUUCUUCAUUGUUGCCAAGGCUUUUAGAGGGAGUUCAAGAAAUGAACAAACUGACUUUAAAUGAAGAAUCUUUAAAGGCUGGAACACUUACCAAUGGAAGUAGUAACCAGGCAACCGACAUUAUGAAAAUACAGCCCAGUAUUGGCAUUAGUGAGUCAAUGGUGAUUACUCCAGGACAGAAGACUUUCAUAACAAUAACUUGUGAAGCAAAAAAUCCAGGGCGCUGUAAGGAGCUUCUUCUUUUCUGUUUCACGGACUUUGUGAUUGGAAGGUACCUUGAAGCAAAAAUUGAAAGUGAAGAAGAAUCUAUACUGUUACCAUCUACAGUUUACUCUUCUAAUAGAGGUAACCCUAUGCCAGAAUCAGUACUUACCAACAGAAAGACCGUGCCUGCACCACCACAGAAAAGGUCUUCCAGGAGACAACUUCCUAGUUUUCUUCCACUUUAUCCCAUACCAGACAGGCUCAGAAAAUGUGUUGAGCAGAAUAUGGACAUUUUGGCUUUAGAACCUUGUUUAGCAGAGGUUUUGAGUUUGUCUAUUUUUUGCAAGAAAAUGUCGACUUUGAUUUGGCUUGAGGAUGUUCAGAAUGAGAUGGAACUCAAGGCAUUUAGUCUGAGUGGUGUUUGCCUACAGAAAUGUGGAGGAUUUCUUCUCUUGGAAGUGCCAGGACUUGCAGAAGGAAGACCUUCCCUGUUUCCAGGAGACAAAGUUCUGUUAAAAUAUCAAGACUAUACUACUUCUGCGGUACAAUUUGUUGGCAUUGUUGUUGAGAUACACGAGGAAGAACUUACCCUCCGUGUCAACUCAGAAUUUGAGGAAUCUUACAGCUUUGAACCCAUGGAUGUGGAGUUUGUAUUCAGUAGGGUUUCAAGUAGAAGAUGUCAGUUUGCUAUCGAACAAGCAGAAUAUCUUGGACAAAAAGUUCUGUUUCCGGAGAUCUUGGUGUUACAGUCCCCGCAAGUUAUUACUACAGAGAGCUGCAGACCAUCUUGUGCAGACAGAAAAGAAAAGAGUAAAGAGCAUCAAAAUAUACAAACAGGCAAUCAAAAUUCACAAAUAUCAAGAGAGAAAAAUAUAGUUUCUGUGAGUGAUAUGGUGACUGUAGCCACACAGACAAACAAGCCAGGGAAGGAGUCGCCUUCUAAAGAGAGGGGAGAAUUCUUCAAUCAUAUACUAAAUGAACACCAGAAGCUUGCUGUAAAAAGAAUCCUGAGUGGAGAGUGUCGACCAAUGCCAUACAUUCUUUUUGGGCCACCAGGAACAGGAAAAACUAUCACAGUCAUUGAAGCUAUUUUACAGAUUUAUUAUACUUUACCAGACAGUCGUGUAUUAGUAUGCGCGCCAUCUAAUAGUGCAGCAGACCUGGUUUGUUUACGUCUUCAUGAAAGUCAGCAAUUGGAACCUGGAAGUAUGGUGAGAGUAAAUGCUUCAAGCAGACAAGAAGAGACCAUAAAUGACACUAUUAAACAGUACUGUGGAGCUGGUGAAGACAUACGUAAGGCUUCUCGCUUUCGAAUUAUAAUAUCCACUUGCAGCAGUGCAGGCAUGUUUUAUCAGAUAGGUCUCCGGGUUGGACACUUCACCCAUGUGUUUGUGGAUGAGAGUGGACAGGCAAGUGAGCCCGAGUGCCUGAUACCUCUGGGCUUAGUAUCAGAAGUGAAUGGCCAGAUUAUUCUUGCAGGAGAUCCAAAGCAGCUUGGGCCAGUUAUAAAGUCUAAUAUUGCUUCGGCUUAUGGAUUAAAUAUGUCCCUUUUGGAGAGGUUGAUGGCUAGACCUUUAUAUAUGAGGGAUGAAAAAACAUAUGGUGCUUGUGGAAAUUACAAUCCUUUGUUGAUUACAAAGCUUUUGAAGAACUACAGGUCCCAUGCUGCUUUGCUUCACCUUCCCUCCAAGUUGUUUUACCACAAAGAAUUGGAAGUUUGUGCAGACCCAGCUGUUGUAAAUAGAUUAUUAAGAUGGGAUAAACUGCCUCAGAAUGGUUUCCCUUUAGUGUUCCAUGGCAUUAGGGGAACCGAAAUGCGUGAGGGAAGCAAUCCAUCCUGGUUCAAUCCUUCUGAAGCUGUUCAGGUCAUGCGAUACUGCUGCAUUCUAGCUAAGCAUGUUACCACCUCAGUUUCUGCAAAAGACAUAGGGGUGAUAACCCCGUACAGAAAGCAGGUCGAAAAAAUUCGAACUCUAUUACGAACUGUUGAUCUUCCUGACAUAAAAGUUGGAUCUGUAGAAGAGUUCCAGGGGCAGGAGUUCCUGGUCAUCAUUAUUUCAAUGGUACGUUCUCGCGAAGAUUCUCUUCAUGAAGAUUCAAGAUAUUUGUUGGGUUUCUUGUCAAAUCCAAAACGAUUUAAUGUUGCAACGACGAGAGCAAAGGCACUGCUAAUUGUGGUUGGAAAUCCACACAUCCUUGUUAAGGAUCCGUGUGUCUGCGCUCUGCUGGAGUAUGGCUUAGUGAAAGGAGCAUACACUGGUUGUAAUUUGCCUCCUGGCCUUGAAUCUCUUCAACAGUGCGACUGA